CACCUUUAUAAACCCAUACAUUCCAUUUUCAUAUAUCUACAGACAGCUAUCUUACUCAUCUUUGAAUUGAAACUCUUGGAAGAAAAAUUCUGCCGAUACAAUUUCAAGUUUGUGUUGUUACAUUCUGUCAUAUAUUUUGUGGUUGAACAAUGAAUACUCAAAUGGUUAAUCCACACAGCCAUACUACUUAUGAACAAGACCAAGGAAUAGGAGGAGGACUACAUUCUGCAGGUGGUCAUCAUGAACAAGAUGAACAUCAUGAGAAGAAAUCAGUUAUCAAGAAAGUUAAAGCUAAAGCUAAAAAGAUUAAAGAUACUAUUGGUUCUAAGAUACAUGGUGGUCAUGAGCACGAGCAUGAGCAUGAUGAUCAAGAUUUAGAUGAAGAAGAUGACUCUGAUGAUGAACUUGAACAAGACCCAGAAGUUCAUGGAGCACCGAUAUAUGAAUCAUCUGCGGUUAUGAUGGGAAACGAAAAUCUGAAUUCUGGACCAACCCAUCUGAAUGUGGUAGAUAAGGGGAAGACAGGACCAGCUGGGAUCAAUUUUAGCGAGCAGGGAGUUCCUGGACCAAAGCGAACAGAUUUCGGCAUGAAGUCAAAUACCGGACCAAGCAAUCUGGACCUUCAUGAUAAGGCAAAUACAGGACAAAGUAGGAACAAUUUGGGAAUGUCGAGGACAGGAGAAUCCAAGACUGGUUUGGGUAUGCACACACCGUUGGAGACGGAUCCAAAUGCACCGUUCGGUUCUGAUACAUCUGGAAAUUACCAGUCUAAGGUUACUGAUCCUACAGGCGGAGGAGCAAAGGAGGCAGAUGUGGAACCGAUGAUACGGUCAUUUGGGAAAAUGGAGUUCACUAAUGAACCAGGAGAAAAGCCUGCAUUCACUGGAACAGGAAGUCAUGACCAAUUCUCUCCUGAUUCGACUGAGACUAAAGUAGAUGACAUGAGUGUGGAUACAGAAUUGAACAGAAAUCCUAGUUACACUGAAAAAAUCACUGGUGCAGCAUCUGCUAUUGCUGGUUCUGCAGCUUCAGCUCUUACUGGCACAGCAGCUUCUGCUAAAAAUGUUGUUGGUUCUGCUGCAUCGACUAUUACGGGGACCGCAGCUACUGCUAAAAAUGCUGUUGCUUCAAAACUUGGGUGCGGUGGAAGUGACAAUAGCGACAUUGCCACACAGGACACUCAUUUGACUCACACUGAAGGCACACACACUGGUAGUGAUCAAACCAAGUCCACGACUGCAGCAGUGGGGGAUUAUGGACGGAAAGUCUCUUCAACUGUGUCUGAAAAGUUGGCACCUGUUUAUGGUACAGUUGCGGGAGUUGGAAGUGCAGUUGUAACACCUGUUUAUGAGAAAGUUGCUGGGGCUGGAAGCGCAGUUGCAUCAAAAAUUCAAGGCACUGGAUCUAACACAAGUGCUAGAACUGGUACCGGAGCGGAUGCUGGUACUGGUACUGGGGGAGUAGGCUUUGUGACGGAACAAGACAAAGGGGUAUCAAUGAAGGAUUAUUUAGUACAGAAGUUGAGUCCAGGAGAAGAAGAUAAAGCAUUAUCUGAAGUGAUAUCAGGAGUUAUGCACAAGAAAAAAGAUGAAUUUCCACCAACAGUUGCCGAGAAUAUGGAUAGAGUUACUGACUCACCACAAGUAGCUAGAAGUCUAGGAACUGGUGAGCAUGAGUAUCAAAAGGAUGGUGGUGAUCAGGGUUAUGGAAAUGAUGGGAGCAGUGUGGCCAGUGGUGGAGGGAUUGGGAGUCCUAGUGGGAAGGGAAUGGUGGAUAGGGUUAAAGGAGUGGUUAGUUCUUGGUUUGGAAAGGGUACUGGUGAUCAAAUUUAUGCUGAUGAACAGAGAUCAUCUGGUGGUGGUAUGGGAGAAAGGAAGAAAGAAAGCCAUGGAACUGGUGGUACAGGGGUUGUCCAUUAAGAAUCUAGUUUUAUCAUGCGGUGAUGAUCAAGCAAGUCAAGAUAGGAUAGUGAAGUAUCCUAUUGUUUGAGUUUUCUUUUUCCUUUGAAAAUCUACUUUGUAAUCAUGUAAGAAAGAACAUAAAAAAAAAAAAAAAUGCAAGCUAGUUAGAGAUGAUGUUUAUGUUUAUGCUGUUUGUUUCGUUGUACUUGUAGAAAUCUAUGUGAAUGCCCUUGUGAUUUUUU